CCUGGAACCCCCCGGAGCGCUCUCGGCCCCGGGGCCUGGCGGAGAUGCCGGGGCCGAGCUCCGCCGCCUUCAUCUUCGAGCUGCUGUGCCGGGGAGGGGUGCGGAGGCUGCACGAGAUGCAGGUCCACGGCCUGUCCCGGUUCGGCCCGGUGUGGCGGGCCCGCUUCGGCCCGGUGCUCACGGUUCACGUGGCCGAGCCCGCGCUCGUGGCCCAGGUGCUGCGGCAGGAGGGCCCCGAGCCCCGGCGCGCCCUCAGCUGCCCCUGGAAGCAGCACCGGGACCUGCGGGGGGUCCCGGGGGGGCUCCUGACCCUGGAGGGCGAGGCGUGGCGGGGGUCGCGGCGGGUGCUGGCGCGGGGGCUGCUCCGCCCGGGGGCCGCCGAGGCCUUCGCGGGCCCGGUGGCCGCGGCCGUGGCCGAGCUGGUGGCGCGGCUGCAGCGGCUGCGGCGGCGACACCCGCGGGGCAUGGUCCGCGACAUCGGCACCGAGUUCAACCGCUUCGGCCUCGAGGCCAUCUCCUGGGUGCUGUUCUCCUCCCGCCUGGGCUGCCUGGGGGACACUGGGGACACCGGGGACGCCCCUGCGGCCACCGAGGCCGUGCUCCGGAGCGUGGGGACGGUGCUGGCGCUGACGCUGGUGACAAUGGCGCUGCCACGUCCCCUCCUGCGCCUCGUCCCCGCGCCCUGGGACGCCUUCUGCCACGCCUGGGACCAGCUCUUUGCCUUCGCCAAGGGACACGUGGACCGGCGCGUGGCCGAGGUGGCAGCGCGGGGGCCGCUGGCCGAGGGGGACACGUGUGUCACCGACCUGCUGGCCCGGGAGCACGUCCCUGUCGCCAGCAUCUACGGCAACGUCACCGAGCUGCUGCUGGCCGGGGUGGACACGGUGGCCAGCACGCUGGCCUGGAGCCUGUACGAGCUGGCACGGAACCCGGGGGCGCAGGCGGCCCUGCACCGCCAGCUGGUGGCUGCCACCGCCACCAGCGGGGCCGCCGGCGGUGACAGUGCCACCAGCGACGGUGCCACCGCUGCUGCCACCGCCGCUGCGCUGGGACGGCUGCCACUGCUGCGUGCUGUGGUGAAGGAGACCCUGAGGCUGUACCCCGUCAUCCCGGCCAACGCCCGCGUCGUCCCCGAGUGCGACAUCCGCGUCGGCGACUACCUGGUGCCACGCCAGACCCUCAUCACCCUGUGCCAUUACGCCACGUCCCGUGACAGCCGCUUCUUCCCGGCGCCCGACACCUUCCGCCCGGAGCGCUGGCUGCGCCACGGGGACACCGGGGACACCGCUGGGGACACUGCUGGGGACACCACUGGGGACACCCCCGGGGACCCCCCCGGCCCCAGGCACCCCUUUGCCUCUCUGCCCUUCGGCCUCGGCCCGCGCAGCUGCGUCGGGCGCCGCCUGGCCGAGCUGCAGCUGCACAUGGCGCUGGCACAGAUCCUGCUGCGCUUCGAGGUGCGGCCGGAGCCCGGGGGGGGCCGCGUGCGCCCCAUGACCCGCACCCUGCUGGCCCCCGGCGCCCCCAUCAGCCUGCGCUUCCUGGAGCGGUGACAGCGGGGACUUGGGGACAUGGUGGGGACAUGGGGACACCAGAGAGGCAUUGGGACACCCAGGACACUGGGGACACCAGAGACUCUGG